UGUAUCUCGUGGUUUCUUGUUCGCGCGUAGAUCUGUAUUGGGGUGUAGAUCGUUGUCCGUUGUGCGGUAGCGGGAGAGGAAUGAUGAUGAUGAAAGGCGGUGGGUGUUUUGGGAAUCGCGUGGUCUGUGCUUUGGGUUUCUGGAAAAUUUUGUCAGUUGCAUUGCGUUUGGUGGUCUUUCAGUGACAGUCCGUUUGCUUGUGGUGCGCAUGAUCGAUAAAUUUUAGUGAUUUCGGAGUUCAUCGUCGAUUCUGGGAUUCUUGAUGCGUUGAAGAAAGAAUUUGUUUUUUCUCUAAAUCGGGGAACCGCGAAUUUCAGUGAUAUCCAUGCUGCUAGUGAAUCAGUGUGAAGAACAUUGUGCAUCUCUAUGGCUAGUCACUUCUUUGGCGAUAAUUAUCAUAGAUUCUGUAGGGGCAUGGACACUAGGCAUAUAGGUAAACUUCACUCUUGCAUCUUCUAUUGAAAUGGUCAAGUUGUUCCAUAAUAUGAUCGUGGUUAUCUGAAAUUGCUCCGUGUCGGGGCCAUCCGGCAAGUGAGGCAUCACUGUGUUACUUAGUUAUGAGAUACUGUUUCCUUUUCUUAUAUAUCUGGAGGAUAACAAAUAAUAUUUGUACAGAAACACUCAACCUACGCUAUCCGAUUGUUUGCAACUACUGGAUCUUGGACAGAGGGGCUAUUGUCAGGACUACUCUCUGAAUAAUCUCGCGCAAGUGUAUUUUCCAGUUUAAGAUAUACGUACUGUGAACAAGAAGUUCGGAGAACCCAGUAAACCAAAGCAAGAAUUCAAUUCUUUCUGCUGGUUUUACUCAUCCAUGCUCCAGUUUAAAGCUUGCUCAGUCCUCCUAGGCAUUGUGUAUUUGCUAUUAUAUUUGCUCUGAACUUAGCUGUGGCAAACAGAUAAUUUCGGAUGUCUUUUCAGUGACAUCAUGUGGAGGCUCUAAAUUCAAGUUUAAGUGUACGUGGAUGGGUUUAAUUUUGUUAAACUAGCUUGCCACCGUGACUAGCGUCGAAGUGCAAGGAUGCCUUCGUGGUGGGGGAAGUCAUCAUCCAAGGACGCUAAGAAGAAAACUAACAAGGAGAGUUUCAUUGAUACAUUGCAUCGCAAAUUCAAAAAUCCUUCUGAUGGAAAAUUGAACAUAAGAUCAGGAGGAUCACGUAGACAUUGUGACACAGCCUCAGAGAAGGGAUCAUUAUCUCGAGCAGAAUCGCGAUCACCUUCUCCUUCCAAGGCAGUUUCCAGAUGUCAAAGUUUUGCUGAAAGGCCACUUGCUCAGCCACUUCCACUUCCUGGUCCUCACCCUGCAAGUGUUGGUCGUACAGAUUCUGGGAUCAGUGUGCCGAAACCCCGAUCAGAUAAAGGCCCCAAACUGUUUCUACCUCUCCCCAGACCUGCAUGUAUACGUAGCAAGGCAAAUCAUGCCGAAUUAGAUGGAGACUUGGUCACUGCUUCAGUUUCUAGUGAGGGCUCCAUUGAUAGUGAGGAUCCUGCAGACUCCCGGCAGCGUAGUCCCUGUGCAACUGACUAUGAUAAUGGGGCCAGAACUACUGCAAGCAGUCCUUCCGGAUUGAUAUUCAAGGAUCAGAAAUCUACUGUUGCUCAUAUAAGUUCAAGAGAAGCCAGAAGACCAGCUAACCUUUCUCUCAGCAAUCAUGUUUCCCCUGCAUCACCCAAGCAGAGACCUUUAAACUGUCAUUUGCCAAAUCUGCAACUUCCAUACUCUGGUACUUUAUAUAGUGCUCCAGACAGCUCCAUGUCCAGUCCUUCCAGAAGUCCAUUGAGAGCGUUUGGCACCGAGCAAGUUGUGAAUUCGGCUUUCUGGUCGGGAAAGCAUUAUACAGAUGUUACUCUGCUUGGCUCUGGCCAGUGUUCCAGUCCAGGUUCUGGUCACAACUCUGGGCACAAUUCUAUGGGAGGUGAUAUGUCAGGACAGUUGUUUUGGCAGCAAAGCAGGGGCAGCCCCGAGUAUUCUCCUAUACCGAGUCCACGAAUGGCUAGCCCUGGGCCUAGCUCUAGAAUUCAUAGCGGUGCUGUAACACCUACACAUCCUAGGGCAGGAGGGUCGUCCAUCGAGCCACAGACAACCUGGCUUGAUGAUGGGAAACAACAAAGUCAUCGUUUGCCUCUUCCUCCCGUGGCAGUUUCCAAUUCCUCACCUUUCUCUCAUCCAAAUUCUGCAGCUACAUCUCCUUCAGUGCCACGGAGUCCAGGAAGGUCAGAAACUCCAGCAAGCCCUGGUUCACGAUGGAAAAAGGGAAAAUUGCUUGGUAGAGGCACAUUUGGGCAUGUGUAUGUUGGCUUUAAUAGCGAAAGUGGGGAAAUGUGUGCUAUGAAGGAGGUUACACUAUUUUCAGAUGAUGCUAAAUCAAGGGAAAGUGCAAAACAGUUGAUGCAGGAAAUUGCUCUAUUGAGUCGGCUACAGCACCCAAAUAUUGUGCAGUAUUAUGGCUCAGAAAAUGUGGACGAUAAACUCUAUAUCUACCUGGAGUAUGUAUCUGGUGGUUCAAUUUAUAAGCUUCUCCAAGACUACGGACAACUUGGUGAACUCGCAAUACGUAGUUAUACUCAACAAAUAUUGUCAGGUCUUGCUUAUUUGCAUGCUAAGAAUACUGUUCACAGGGAUAUAAAAGGAGCUAAUAUACUGGUAGAUCCGAAUGGCCGUGUUAAAUUGGCAGAUUUUGGGAUGGCAAAGCAUAUAACUGGACAGUCAUGUCCACUUUCUUUUAAGGGAAGCCCAUAUUGGAUGGCCCCUGAGGUUAUAAAGAACUCAAAUGGUUGCAAUCUUGCUGUUGAUGUAUGGAGCCUUGGAUGCACUGUCUUGGAAAUGGCCACAACAAAACCACCUUGGAGCCAAUAUGAAGGGGUUGCUGCUAUGUUUAAGAUAGGGAAUAGCAAGGAACUCCCAGCAAUUCCAGACUACCUUUCUGAAGAUGGAAAGGAUUUUGUACGGCAGUGUCUCCAACGAAAUCCGUUACAUCGUCCUACAGCUGCAAAGCUUCUAGAGCACCCUUUUGUGAAGUUUGCUGCACCACUUGAAAGAUCAACUUUGGGGCCCGAUCCUUCAGAUCCACACAUUGGCGCUACAGUUCCAACGAAACCUCUGGGCAUUGGGCAGCAAAGAAACACUUCCUCUUUUGAAUCCGAUAGACUUGCAGUCCAUUCAUCUAGAAUAAUAAAACCUAGUCCUCAUAUUAGUGAUGUGCACAUUCCAAGAAACAUAUCAUGUCCCGUCUCGCCUAUUGGAAGCCCUCUUCUACAUGCAAGGGCACCACAACAUUUCAAUGGAAGAAUGUCGCCUUCACCAAUCUCUAGCCCACGAACUGCUUCAGGCUCAUGCACUCCUUUAACAGGUGGAAGUGGUGCUAUCCCAUUCCAUCAGAUGAAGCAAUCGUUUUACCUGAAUGAGGGAGGUGGAAGCUUACCAAAGCCCUCAAACAGUCUCUACAUUGGUGGGUCCCCUUACCAUGACACGAAUCCAGAAAUCUUUCGAGGGUUGCAGCUGGGAUCUCAGAUCUUUCCAGAACUAUCAUCCUCUGAUAAUGGUGUUGUGGGAAAGCCAUUUGGGAGGUCGCCUCCUAGGGAAGGACAUGAUGGACAGUCAAUAUUGGCAGAUCGCGUGUCUCAGCAGCUCCUGAGGAAUCAUGUGAAGGCGAACCUGACCCUGGAUCUCGGUCCCCGUUCUCCAUUGCCUAGUCGGAUCAAUGGUGUUUGACUCAAUAUGUUUUUGCUGAUUCAUCAAAUAGGUCAUUUCACUUGUCUGGGUAAUCAGGAUUGCUGCAUUCAAUUGGUGAGAUACCAAGGGAGCUAUUUUUCGCAAUAAGGAUGCUAGGAGGUUUUAGAAUUCCUGGAAUAAGAGCUCAAGAGAAGUGUUACUAUUGAUCGUCCAAAUGCAAGUGGGGUGAGCUAUUUGACAGAGUUGGCGCACUGAAGCGCGAAGGGUCAUUCCUCUCAGUGUAAAAAGUGGUACCUUACACUCUUUACUCUUUCAAAGGUAAGAGUAUGAGAUAGAUGACGCUCGAUCGACUGGAGGCGCUUUUGGCUCUCAUGGGACAGGAUUUUGAGAACGUGUUUGGUAGGUCGCCGUGCUAAACCAAAGAGAAGUUCAGCUGGUAAAUCAUACAGCUUUCGGACUAAUUUUUUGGGGGUCCACACUCAUGUACAGAUAAUGGUAAGCUCAGUCGAGGUUUUAGAAGUUGCUCGGGAAGCAGCUGCGGAUUUGCCGAGCCUGCAAAGUCUUGUUUAUUAUCAUUGGCAAAGCCAUUUCACUUGUAUGUAACACCAUAUAUCACUCUGUACUAUUUUCUUGUAUGUACAAUAUGACCCCAGAUGAAUUAAGAGAUCAAAUUUCAUUCUGUUUGUCAA